AUGAAUUUCUUUAAUAUAUUAUCGAAAGAUGAUUGCAUUUAUACAGGAACGUUGUUGUUGUCGUUCUUGAUUGCAUGGGCUGUACGUUCUUCACGAAAUGCAUGGUUAAUGCAACAUGGAGUUGGAGUGAUUGGAUUAGUUCUUGCACUUAUUGUUAUCGGACCGAAAAUCUUGUACUCACUCAUAUUAGCCAUUUUCACAAUUGGUUGUAUCAAGACACUUCAUUACAAGUACUUACCGAUUACUGUAUUUGUUGGCUCAUUCAUCUAUUUGCUUGUUCUACGUAUGAUUCAUUUAAUCAUUGAUGUUGAUGAAUUAGCUAGCCAUGCUAAUGUUAUUCAAUUGAUAAUGACACUUCGGGCUGUUGGUAUUGCUUAUGAAGUUGCUGAUUCAAAGAAAGCUGCAUCUGCAAAGAAAAGUGAUGAAAACGUUAAGCCAAGCAGAACUCUGCUUGUGGAACCAACUUCUCUUGAAAUCUUCAGUUAUCUCUAUCAUUUCUGUGGACUGUUCACAGGACCAUAUUACACUUACGCCAUGUUCUUGGAUUCUCAAACCCUUCUCCUUCAUAACGAUGUAUCUCCUGUUAAUGAAAUCAAAACACGAUUUAUGAGACUCUUAUGGUCUGUGCCAGUCUUCGUUACUCUCAACAUCGUAUUCCCGAUCAAUGCUCUGAGAGAUGAUUCCAUCUACAACUUACCAUUCACUUAUCUCCUCAUAUAUGCUGCUGCUCUCUUCACUACAUUCCGUUGUCGAGUUUACAGUGCUUGGGCAAUCUCCGAGAGUAUUUGCGUUACAUUGGGAAUUGGAAUAUACCCAUCUUGUACUGAACCUGCAACAGUUGUUGGACCUAAAAAGUUCAAUGAUGUGGAAGAACUAUUGAAAAACAAGACUAUUGAGUUUGAUUCAAAUGCCAUCAACAACUUGGACAUCUAUAACGUGGAAUUCAGUGAAGGUUACAGAGAUGGUGUACGCUCAUGGAACAAGUCAGUCCAAACAUGGUUGGCCAUCUACGUAUACUCAAGAGCUCCAAAGGCCUACAGAACAGAGCUAACCAUGUUCGUCUCAGCUUUAUGGCACGGUACCUAUGCUGGAUAUUUCAUGUCCUUCCUCGUUGUUCCCAUGUGUUUCGCUGCCGAAGAUAUUAUCUUCAGCCUUAUCUCAGUAGAUGAAGCUGGUCGUCGUUCUCAACUUUUCCGUUGGUUCUAUUGGGUUACAUUCCGAUCAAGAGGAUUCGAUAUGUUGGCCGCAGGAUUUUUAUUGAAAAAUUUUGCGGACGUACACAGAUUUUGGUUUUCGCUCUAUUAUUGGCUUGUCUUAGUAGCAUUACCAAUCUACAUAAUUAAUGCGAUGCUAGUCAAAUUGGGAAUUCGGAAACGUAAAUCAAAACAACAAUAA